GUUACAAAUAGUUAAGUGAAAUCUUAGCUGCAUUUUCCCACCAGCAGAAGUCUUACUCCUGUGGUUAUUCAUUGACUAACUUCUCAUUCAGCCCACUUCUUUUCUAGUCUGCUGGACCUGUCAAACUGUACUGAGUCAGAAAAGUAGUCCCUGAGAGCUCUUGAAGCAAAAACAGAGAACAGCCUGCUCAAAGGAACAGAGAAGCAAAUUAGCUGGGCUGCACAUGACUGGAGGAGGAGAACAAACAAUUGGGUAGGCUUGAAAGUGCAACCAAGGGGAGACAUCCAGUGAGUCUGACAGCUAACCAAAACUAUUCAAAAGGACUGUGAACAAACAUAGAAAUAAGACCGUGUUGUGCUUGAAGAAGGGCAGUAAAAGGAGAGCAGGUGGACAAGAUGAGCAAACCACAAUACAAGAAGUUGGAAGAAAAUGUACCUGAAGCCCAGGAUCCACCCCCCUAUAUGGAAAAUCAACCAGCAUCUUCUGGUAGUGAUUCCCUGGUGCCCCCCAAGUAUCAACCUCCUCAUGAUCCAGCUCCUGGAAGAUACAACCAAGGUCUGGUCAUUCAGUCAACCCAGGCCAUGAACUUCAUACGUGUCCAGCCCACCAAGGAGCCUGAUUACAUGGCCUACUCUAUCUUCACCAUGCUUUGCUGUUGCCUACCUCUGGGAAUUGCUGCCCUGAUUUACUCCGCACAGACCCAAGAAGCCAACCGCACUGGAAAUGCAAUAUCUGCUCGACGAAAUUCCAAGCUGGCACGCAAUUUGGCCCAUGCAGCACUUGGAGUGGGGCUCGGGGCCAUCAGUCUAUACAUCAUCUUUCUUGUGUUCAUAUAUAAUCGAAAUGUCACUGAGCUGAUACACAAUCCCUAUACUGUAUCACCAUAACUAUAAGGGUAAAAUACUGGAAUAUAGGAGAAGUUCUAAGAACUAACAACUAACAAAACUGCUUAAUCAUUACAUGAAUCCAAUCCUAUGUUGCUGAAUGGUAAGCUGCUGAGCUACUAAAACACUGGUUUAAUGCUAAAUACUAAAAUGUCAAAAUAGUUUAGAAAUAACUAUAGAUAGGUAUAAUAAAGUGGGAGGUGACGUAUUAAAGUGGUUAAGAUUCUGCCUUCUCAAAUAUGGGAAGCUGUGCUAUAAGGUGAUUACACAAUCCUUGCACAAACUGCAGUUGUAAUUACACAAAGUGUUGGACAUUCCUAGAAUAUGUUGUUAACAACUAAAAGGCAGAUAUCAAGGUUGCUGCCGUCUAGGUUUCCAAGAUAAAUUGUGAAGAAUGAGGAGGUUAAGUCUUUGUGCCAUAGAGAACAAAAAGGGGAGGUAAAAGAGUAUGAUUGAACUGACUUCCCUCAAUGAGCAGGGGCAAAAACAUUCUUGCAGAGGAAUGCCGUUGAAUCAUCCUUCUAAAGUGAAGAUGAAAACGCUCAGAUAUGGUUGCCCUUUCAAUGCUACGUUCCUUCCUCCAACCAACUCCUUUUUUUCUAAACUGUUUCCAUUAUCCAAACUCCUGCCUAAGUCCUACUUUCCAUGACCAAGGGUUCCAACUGAGUCUCACUGCAACACGCUAAAUGAUUGGGUGAAACCCUAAAUGCUCAUGUGUGUGUGUAUAGACAAGAUGCUUUAAAGGAAAGACACUUGUUCAGAGAUUUCAUCCCUAGAACUGAAGAAUGAUAGUGCCAGCAAAUCAAAAUUUUGAGAAGACAUUUCAUAUAAUCACUUUCUCCAACCUUCUGCCCUCCAGAUACAUUGGACAACAAAUUCCAUAAUUUACGUGGAGUGGGAGUUAUAGGAGAUGAAGCCAAACACAUCUAGAUGAUAUUAGAUGCUCUGUAAACCAAAAUAAGAGCACUGUUUGAACUAGUACCAGAAUGAAGUGAUUGUCAACAAGGAGCUUUGGAGAAUAACUCCUUGAUCUUCUGCCUUCUCCUCUGUAUGGCCUCUCCACAUGUCCUCCCAUGUGGGAUCAGAGCAACUCAGCUAAAAUCCUCUUUCUUCAACAAACCAGCUCAACAAAUCAUUAUUGCAAUUAAAUCUCUGCCACAGAAUUCUAGAAGUUUGGUUUUGACUAAUUGCUUUUUAGAGACAAAGAAUACAGUACUAAUCCUGAAUCUGCAUACCUGCUCAAUGACCUCCGUUGAUCAUGCUACAGGCCAAAGCAUCAAUGUAUUAGGCAAUUACUCUCUGCAAAUAUGUAAUGAAAUGAAUGUUUCAGUAUUAUUUGCUUGCUUGAGUUGUGUUAUUUGCUUGUUUGUGACCAUUAGUUCCUACGGGGCCUAUGUGGGGUGCACGGGUAUUUUUUAUAAGGCCUAUGUUUGAGGUUGGCUGCUGAAGCAUCCAGAACAUUUGCAUGUGAACUUCUGAUUUAAUUUUGAUUUUAAAAGGAAUCUAGAAAAAAAAGGCAAGUGAAAUAGGGAGCCUAAUUGGUACCAGGGUGGCAUCUACAGCAUGGGUAGCCCACUGAUGAAUCAGGCAGCAUAUAGAUUCUUUUAAUAAAUACACAUUAUCUACCAGUAUCCUAGUCAUCCAGAAGAGACAGUGAUUAAAAGAUAGCUGCUAAGCAUAAACGUAAAGAGAAACUAUCUGGCUACCCUGCCUAGAGGUCUCUUAAAGCAAUCUCUAGCAAUUCUCAGGGAUCCAUUAACCUCCUCCUGUUCAGCCUUCUAAAAAUAUGAAAAAGAGUGGCAGGUAUGCUCAACACUGCUGUCCAACAGCAAGAAUGGAGAAUGUGGUAGUAGCGUUUCCUGCCCCUGCCCCCCCCUCCCCAGCAUUAUCAGACUUUUGUCAAGUGUUGUUGAUUGCCCACUUCCCUACUCAUCUUUCUCUGUCAUGACACAUGGUGGCUUUGUCCAAAAGCCAGAGAAAUACUUAGGAGUCCUUUAAA